GAGACUUCCCUGCACUUUCCUCGCCCCCCGCACCGUCUACCUCAAGAGCAUCAUCCGACGAGGCUUCCUGUUUGCCCUCGGAGCCCAGCUCAGAACCGCUCGGCGCGGGAGAAGGAAGGUUUCCUGUUCGGCGAAGAGAGUUGCUGCUGCUGUUGCGUGGCUGGGGAAAGCGGACUCUGGACGCAGGGGAGAGAUUCUCUCUCGCUCGCUCGUGGGGGGGAAAGAUGCACACGACCCAGAAGGACACCACGUACACCAAGAUCUUCGUCGGGGGUCUGCCCUACCACACCACCGACUCCAGCCUCCGGAAGUAUUUCGAGGUCUUCGGCGAGAUCGAAGAAGCCGUGGUCAUCACCGACCGGCAGACGGGCAAAUCCCGGGGAUACGGAUUUGUGACAAUGGCUGAUCGAGCUGCUGCUGAAAGGGCCUGCAAAGAUCCUAAUCCAAUCAUUGAUGGCAGAAAAGCUAAUGUGAAUCUUGCAUAUCUGGGAGCAAAACCAAGAAUUAUGCAGCCAGGUUUUGCCUUUGGGGUUCAACAGCUCCAUCCAGCCUUAAUCCAGAGACCCUUUGGGAUCCCUGCUCAUUACGUAUAUCCGCAGGCGUUUGUGCAACCUGGAGUGGUUAUUCCACAUGUCCAACCUACAGCUGCUGCUUCCACCUCACCCUACCUUGACUACACGGGAGCUGCAUAUGCUCAGUAUUCUGCGGCAGCGGCUGCUGCAGCAGCUGCAGCCUAUGACCAGUAUCCCUAUGCAGCUUCACCAGCUGCUGCAGGAUAUGUCACUGCUGGGGGAUAUGGCUAUGCAGUCCAGCAACCUAUCACUGCAGCAGCGCCUGGAACAGCUGCAGCUGCAGCAGCUGCUUUCAGCCAAUACCAGCCACAGCAACUGCAAACAGAUCGUAUGCAAUAGCAGAUGGACAUGGCAAGAAAGCAUCCUUUGUUAUUAUUCCUAUCAAUUUACCUUCAAGCCUUCCAGUAGAAAUAAUUAACUUUUAAGUUAUCCAGCUUUAAAAAAACAACAACGCUACAAUGCAAUAGAAUAGUAUAAGAACAAAUACCACUGUCUUUUAAAGCAUUAUGCCUCCCAUAGAAUGAAUAAUAUUGUGGGAUAAGGUAUUGUAAGAAUUUCUAAGCAUCAUCUUAUCAUGAAAGCAUAGCUAAAGUAACCAAAAAAAAAAGAAAAGAAAAGAAAAGAAAAGCUGAUUUUUUAAAAAUAAGGUGCAUUUUACAGUAUCCAGGGUAAAAAGUUCAGGUGAGCAAUACAUAACUAUCAAGUGGAAUAUUACUUAAAUAUUGAAAGUGCUGGCUGUCAUUACAACUUUUCAGUAUGGCCUAUUUUGUGUGAAUGAGUAGAAAAAUAUUUUUUUGUUGAAUCUCAUAUUGGGCAUCGAACAAACUAAGGAAGAUAGCCCUUGGGAGGUGGGGGAAGGGUAGAUAGCAUCAAAGUUAUUUUCUCAUCUGUCCUCCCUAUGAAUGGGACUAUGGAGCAAGUGGUGUGGAAUUAAAGGGUGUAACAGCUGUACAGACAAUCAAUGACACAGCCCGUUCUGGAAAGAACACAUCACUUGUUCUCAUUUGAUGAGGUUGUCACAUUCUAAUCCCUCUCCCCAUCCUGUUUCACUUUUAGGGAAAUUUUGACUGCUAGAGUCAGCUAUUCUGAUUCUAAAACAGGAUCAGCUCUCUCCUACAACAGCUUUCUCCUUUUAUUUACUGUAUCUAUUCAUGGCUUGUGAAUAAAGGCAGGAAGAAAUUUGCUGAAUUUAAAUAUUUAAGAACUGUACUAGGGAAUGCUUUUUGAAAUGAAUUGUAUACAAGUUAAUUCCUAUUUAAAUAUUUAUUUGCAAAACAUAGGCCUCUUCCAUGCGGCUACUUGUUGAGACUGCAAUUCUUCAAAGGUUAAUUCUAUGUGAGCUAUAUUGUGCCUUAAUUGUAAUGCUAUUUAAAGAUAUAUUUAUUUUGAAAGUUGUACGAUGCUGCAUUCUAAAGAAACCCACUUUAGAUGUGAAACUGUAAAAUAUUGUAUUCAUCUCAUAGUGUAAGUUAUUUAGCAGGUUUAGGAGUACAAUAUAAAAUAAUAAUCUAAGCAAUUAAAGAUGCUGACAUAGGUUUAUUGUCUUCAAUAAACAUACCUUUGUAAGGGUAUUUUAAAACUUUUGGAAAGAUUUUGAUCUUUAAAAUGCUAGUUUCAUGAUUUUCCCACUGUUUCACUGACUGAAUACCUGUUUUCUUGGAUGAAAACUUUACUGGUUUUCAGUAAAUCUUACUUACUCUGAAAGAUAUUAAAAUACUACACAUACCAAUUGAGGAGUAAGACUCAAUUUAAAAAUUACCGUGGUGUAUAAUAGGAGCUAUAUUUAUAUCAUUGGUCACACACAUAAUAACGUCUGCAUAGGGAGACCAUGUGAAUUGGCUGAACAAUAUGGGGAAAGCAUGGUAUUUGUCCAACCAGUCAAUUUCCUGUAAAGACACUUUUGGUUGCCCAUGUGAUGACUGAGUUGCAGAUAAAUAGCUCCAGUACCAUAACAGUAAUCCAGAGUUGAAUCUUAAAUCCCACUGAUCUUGAUGGGACUUUUUCCUCAACCAGGUAUAUUAAUGAUAAAGUCUGAAGCCCCAAUCUUAAACACAGUAUGUGCAAACACCAUAAAGGAAUACCUAUCAUGUCUUUAGAGUGGGUUAUUGGUGUUUUCUGCUAUGAAAAGGGGUCAUUUUUCAGUUUCAUCUCUAUAUAGAUCAACUAUUAUUCCUUAGCUAGGAAAUGCUGCUUUCAUUUGUCCUGUGAAACUGCAAUAAUUUGUAAUUUUUAUUCUUGACCUAAAAAGAAAUUUAAUAUUUUAGACUGUAUUGGAAUCUUUUUAUACUUGAACAAUUUCAUAAAAGGGAAGACAGGAUAGCAUUUUUAUGGAUUUCUCCAAUGUCACUGGAUUUAUUUUGAAUACUAGCCAGUGUUAUAUAAGAUAUAUAACAUGACUACUGUGCAUGUUAUUUAUUAUGUAUAUUGCUUUAUAAUGUUUCAGAUCUUCUAAUCUAUACACUUGUAUUAAAAUAAUAAAAAUGUCAUUGAAUCCAAA